GACGUCACUUCCGCGCGCCGCCGCAAACGUCAGUGUCGGGCGCAGACGGCGGCAGUGCGGCUAGCUCUUGGAAGUUUAGGCUCGGUUGUCUUUUGGGAGCCAUGGAGAGUGACUUUUAUCUGCGUUACUACGUGGGGCACAAGGGCAAGUUCGGCCACGAGUUCCUGGAGUUUGAGUUUCGACCGGACGGGAAGUUAAGAUAUGCCAACAACAGCAAUUACAAGAAUGAUGUCAUGAUCAGAAAAGAGGCUUAUGUACAUAAAAGCGUGAUGGAGGAACUGAAGAGAAUAAUUGAUGACAGUGAAAUUACCAAAGAGGAUGAUGCACUGUGGCCUCCUCCUGACCGAGUGGGCCGGCAGGAGCUUGAAAUCGUCAUUGGAGAUGAACACAUUUCUUUUACAACAUCAAAAAUUGGUUCCCUUAUUGAUGUCAAUCAAUCCAAGGAUCCAGAAGGCUUACGAGUAUUUUAUUAUCUUGUCCAGGACCUGAAGUGUUUGGUCUUCAGUCUUAUUGGAUUACACUUCAAGAUUAAACCAAUCUAGAUUGAAUAUUGGUGUGGACAUG